CCCCCCGUACUCUCCAUGUGCCAGCUCAGUGUCAGUACAAAUGAGGCUACUUCUCCCGGUGGAGGAAUCUCAUGACGAGAGAGGGAUAAGAAAAGUGAGAGGGAAAUGCGUGGAUGAGCGACGCUUUGUCAUGCUGUCAAUGCAACAGUUUACUUCACUAAACCCUGGAGAGCAAUACCAGCACGUCGGCUCCAAUAACGGGGUGUUGGGGACAGAUGAAGACAAUAUGGGGGAUGCUUGCUCUCAGAAAAUGGGAUCUGCCAAGUACCUCCGGCUCCUGCUGUUUAUUUUGGUGCCAUGCAUUUGUGCUCUCAUCUGCUUGCUGGUCAUCCUUUUGGCUUUUGAAGAAGAUGUAAAUGGCAUUUUUGGAAAAGGCUUCCUGGAGACAAGUGAGAAUGACCUUCUGUCUACUGGUGACAGUGCUUCAGACAUUCCUUUCACAAGCACUCUUGAUUCUGAGUCCUUUGGGACGACGCUAAAGAAUGACCCGAUCACCCAGUCUGUGUUGUUGACCACCAACAGUGACCAAAAGAGCAGAGGCAUGGGUAACCUAGUGCCACGCUCAGAAAAUGCCUCCUCAAGACCAUUUAUUCUGACUAAAGCUCCCAAUGAGGACUCACGAAUCCUUCUCACAGAGAGGGCUGACAGGGCCUGGUCCAGUCAGGCCUCAACCAGUGUACCAGACUGGAUGACAUCACUAUCGACGCUAAAUCCUCUGGUGCAAGCAACAACACAGGAGGCUGUCACUCAGCACCCUGACAAAGGUCCCUGCAUUGAUAUUAACGUAAGCCAGUGCCAUAUUUUACCCUACAACCAAACCAGCCUGUCGUCCCGCAGCUCCAUUGUGCGGAGCGUUGAGGUGGAGAUGUUCCUCAAGUUCUUCAGCUCCCUGAAUCGCCUCAGCUGCUACCGCCAUAUCAUGCUCUUUGGCUGCAGCCUCGCUCUUCCUGAAUGCGCUGGAGAAGGCGAUGAAAGGAGGCUGAUAUUCCCCUGUAUGUCAUUCUGUGAGGCGGCAAGGGAGGGCUGUGAGCCUGUUCUGCAGACUUUCAACGCCUCCUGGCCAGACUUCCUCAGGUGCUCCCAGUUCAAAAACAGCACAAGCAUGGAUGAUAGUGCUCCGAUCUGCUACAGUCCUAAGCAAACAAAAGCUGUUUGUGGUGGGCAAGACAAUUUCCUAUGUGCCACAGGAAUCUGUGUCCCCAGGAAACUGCUUUGUAAUGGUUACAAUGACUGUGAUGACUGGAGCGAUGAGGCCAACUGCAACUGCAGCAAAGACCAGUUUCAGUGUGGUACUGGGCGCUGUCUAAGUCACAGCCUUGUGUGCGAUGGCUAUGAUGACUGUGGAGACCUCAGUGAUGAGCAAAAUUGUGACUGCGAUCCAAACAAGGAACACAGGUGUGGUGAUGGCAGGUGUAUCACCGCUGACUGGGUGUGCGAUGGUGACCACGAUUGUGCUGACAAGAGCGAUGAAGUCAACUGCUCAUGUAAGAGUCAAGGGCUGCUAGAGUGUCGGAAUGGGCAGUGCAUUCCCAGCGCCUUCCGCUGUGACGGAGACAUUGACUGCAAGGAUGGGAGCGAUGAGGAGAACUGCACCUUGAAGCAGAAUCAGAAUGCAUGCGAACCUGGACAACCAGGCUGCAUAUCUACCUCUUGCCUCGAUGGUUGCCAUGGGAAUACUGUUUGUGACAGCCGCAGCAACAGCACAAACUGUAACCGCUGUGAGCCUAUUACCCUUGAGCUGUGCAUGAAUCUGCCGUACAACGUCACCAGCUUCCCAAAUUUUCUGGGCCAUGAAACACAGAAGGAGACAUCCAUCAGUUGGGAAUCUUCUCUCUUCCCAGCACUCGUCCAGACAAACUGCUACAAAUACCUCAUGUUUUUCGCCUGCACCAUCCUUGUGCCAAAAUGUGACCCGGAAACCAAUCAGAAGGUGCCACCAUGCAGGUCAUUGUGUAAAAAUUCCAAAGAACGCUGUGAGUCAGUGCUGGGAAUUGUGGGAUUGCAGUGGCCAGAGGACACAGACUGUAGCCAGUUUCCAGAAGAAGGCCAGGAGAACGCAACUUGCUUGAUGCCUGACCAGGACGUUGAAGAGUGCUCACCAAGUCACUUCAAGUGCAACUCGGGAAGAUGCGUCUUAGCCUCGAAGAGGUGUGAUGGACACACAGACUGUGAUGAUGACAGUGAUGAAGAAAAUUGUGGUUGUAAGGAACGAGGUCUGUGGGAAUGCCCAUCAAACAAAGCGUGCAUCAGACAUACAAUGAUCUGUGAUGGAUUUCCAGACUGCGCCGACCUGGCAGAUGAAAGGAACUGCUCUUUCUGUGUUGAUAAUGAGCUUCCAUGUAACAAUCACAAGUGUGUUCAUCGCACAUUGUGGUGUGAUGGCAAGAAGGACUGUACUGACAGCUCUGAUGAGUGGAACUGUGUGUCUCUUUCUAAGACACCUUCAUCUCUACUGACAGUCCACAAAACCGCCUCAGAAUACCAUGUGUGUGCGGACAACUGGCAUCACAAGCUGAGUGAGCUGGCUUGCAAGCAGAUGGGUUUAGGGGAGCCAGCCGAAGUAGAGAUGGUACCAGACCACCAUCACCAGCUGGGGCGCAGGAAGUGGCUACAUGUUCAUGCUGACUGGAAGCACAGGAAUGGUUCCUCUCUACAGGGGCUGUUAGAGAAAAAAGGACAUACCUGUCAUAGUCGAAGGAAAGUGUCUCUUCAUUGUGUCAAAGAAGGUAAGCACAAAGAGGUACAAAAUUUAAAAGCAUUUGUGGCUUCUUUCUCUGUUCCUUUGUGCACACAAAGCCGGGAAGAUGCAGAUGUUUGGAAAGUUGUAUUUGGUAUCAACAACCUUGAUCACCCAUCGCCUUUUAUGCAGACAAGGAAGGUGAAGAGGAUUAUAGUCCACCCCCGCUACAACAGAGCUGUGGUGGAUUAUGACAUCAGUAUAGUGGAACUGGACACAGAGAUCAAUGAAACCAGCUACGUCAGACCUGUCUGCCUACCUCACAAAGGCCAGCCCCCUCUGCCUGACACCUAUUGUUACAUCACUGGAUGGGGGCACAUGGGUAACAGAAUGCCUUUCAAACUACAAGAGGGUGAAGUCAGGAUUAUCUCCAUGGAUCAGUGUCAGUCUUUUUUUGACAUGAAAACCAUCACUUCUCGGAUGCUAUGCGCUGGAUAUGAAUCUGGGACUGUUGAUUCCUGCAUGGGUGAUAGUGGAGGCCCACUCGUUUGCCAAGAGCCUGACGGACGAUGGAGUUUGUACGGGCUCACAUCAUGGGGAUCAGUUUGUUUUUCCAAAGUGUUGGGACCUGGAGUCUACAGCAACGUGACGCAUUUUGUGGAGUGGAUUGAGAGGCAAAUAUAUCUCCACACGUUUUUCCUCAAUUAGCCAGCAGCACAGCAAGCAUGGAUGGAGCUUGAACAAGAAAAAUGAAAAGAAAAUG